GUCUUUUUUAAAAAAACCUCUCUGUUCCCUCCUCGCAGGGGUGCCGCUAGUAAUAAGCGCUGGAGGGGGGUUAUAAAGGCAGGGCUGGAGGCAAGUGUCAUGCGGGCUGUUGGACCGGCCAUCGAGCGGCGAGGAGGCGUCGCGGGCUGAAGGGCGGCUUUAUUUCAUCUCCCUCUUGCUUUGCUGUUGCUGCUGAUCUGGAAUGCUGCUGGGGAGAUUGCAGCCGAGCUGAUCGAGAGCGGCGAAAGCGGGGGACGCGGGGAGCCGGGGGAAGGGCCGGCCGGCAAGGCGAUGAAGCGCCGAAAGCUGGCGGUGGCAGCCGGCUUCUGCCUCUCCUUCUUGCUGGGCACGUUGCUGAACGUCUUGUUCAUCCCGGCCUUCGAUCCGCAGCACCAGCAAUCGGCGGGCGUCACGCACUCGCUGGCGGGCUCGCCUUCGGACGUGUCGGGGGAGGCUGAGCACAGCAGCAGCCGCCGCCGCUGGGACUUGGCGCAGCAGAUCCGCGAGCGCUACGAGGAGGUGCUGCGGUACCAGCGGCGGCAGCAGCAGCAUCGGGCGGCGGCGGCUCCCGGGGCGAGGCUGCUAAUGAGACCCUCGGAGCGGCGGCUGAUGGACCUCGCUCCUCGGCGGCUCGCCCCGUCCUCCUCCUCCGAGCGGAGCCCAGCCAGAUCGAAGGCGCCUCUGGGCACCCCCUGGGCGCCCAGCACCAAACUGGAGCUACCUCUUGGCCCGCUCCGGCUGGGAUGCCGGGACAUCAGCAAUGUGAGCGACGUGCAUUACCUGGGCUCCGGCUACACCAAGGCCGUCUACAAAGCCGUGCUCAACAGGAGCCUGGCGGUGGCCCUGAAGUCGGUCGAUUUCGGCGGCCACGACAUCGACCACUGCGUGAAGGUCUACGGGGCGCUGGAAGACUGCUACCGACUGGCCUCCUAUAAGAUCAUCAAGGAGAUGGUCCUGCUGGAGAGGCUGCGGCACCCCCACGUCCUCCAGCUUUAUGGCUACUGUUACCAGGAUAGUAAUGACAUCUCAGACACAUUGACCACCAUCACUGAACUAGGCUCACCGUUGGAGAUGAUACAGCUUUUACAAACCUCCUGGGAGGACAGAUUUCGAAUAUGCUUCAGCUUAGUUCGGCUUCUGCAUUACCUGGCCCACUCUCCCCUUGGCUCUGUGACGCUGUUGGAUUUCCGACCUCGUCAGUUUGUGAUUGUGGAUGGAGAGCUCAAAGUGACUGAUCUGGAUGAUGCCAGCACUGAGGAGACAUCUUGUACUAGCAACAGAGACUGUUUCAUGGAGUUUCCAGCAAGAAACUUCACUUUGCCUUGCUCUGUUGAAGGCAAAUGUCAGAGCAUGAAUGAGAAGAGGAAUCUCUACAAUGCAUACAGGUUUUUCUUUACAUAUCUUCUGCCACAUAGUGCCCCUGCAUCCCUGAGACCGUUACUGGAUGCGAUAGUCAAUGCUACAGGAGAGCUUCACUGGGGAAUAGACACAACCACUGCUCACUUAGAAAGAGUUUUGCAUUUAUACAAGAGUGGCCUCUACCUUGAGAACACGACAAGGACUCCCAAAUCUGACUACAAAAGGAUGCCUGAAACCACUAUCGUCAAUGACGAUUACAGGUGUUGGCCAUCCUAUCAUCACAAGGGAUGUCUUCUCUCUGUGUUUGACGUUACUGAGGCCAUGGAAGUCUGCGAGAGCCAUUCCCAGUGCAGAGCUUUUGUUCUGACCAACCAAACAACAUGGACAGGUCGGCAGCUUGUCUACUUCAAGAUGGGAUCCACUGUCAUUAUGUCUGACCAUGACAAGACAACAUAUGUGAAAGUGGUGAACUGAAAGAGAAAGCGACCGACAGUUCAGUCCUGUACAAGUUUACUCAGAAGUAACUCCAAUGAAGUUCGAUCGGGCGUACUCCCCAGGAUGUGUGUGUAGGAUUGCAGCCCUAGUCCAGCUAUUAAAUAAUGGUGGCAGUUUGCGUAUAUGGUGGCAGUUGGAUCCAAGGAAACUGAGAAUGGAGAGGGUAUUGCACUAAUUCUCAUGUAUGGAGUGUGAAACCAAACUUUAAAGAAGAGACCUGUAUGACCAGGACGAAUGUGCAAUAGGAUGACAUUUUUAAAAUGUGAUUUUUUGAAAAAGAAGCAGAAUGAAAUCCAAAAUGUGAUACACUGUGUGGCUAUCCAUAGGUUGUUAGAAAGCAAAGGUCAGCCUUAGGUUGCUUUUCCUGUUAAGAUUAUAAAUGUUAAGGGUUUUUUUGCAUAGGAUUGGGCCGGAAAUUCUUCUUUUUCCUAGGAAGUUUGACAGCUCUGCUCAAAUACUAAUUUAUGUGGGCAAGUACAAUCACAGCAGCAUUGAAAAAUCUCAUGAGUUCCAAAGCUAAAGGUCAAACCUCUUGGAAGACAAUCAACACUCAUGUUUUGUUGUACCAAAUAUACAUGGCCAAAAAUUGAUAUGUUCCUUGUCCAGUGAGUUAAUAUAGAAUUGACAGAUUCAAUGUGUAGCAAACUUUCCAUUUACUGUAAACUAGCACAACACCCAUCACUGUAAUGAAUGGCGAGUGGUAUAUUGCUGAGACCUCGGGUUGGCUCACUGAGUCAAACAAUUCUAUAUGGCACCUAUCAUAAUAAGUAUGCAUCAACAGAGCCAUUAAUAAGAAGGGACAGCACAAUUUUCCAGGUGUAUCUCACAGCAGAAGGUUACACAGUUAUUUUACUGAUUCUUUGAAACUGCUGCUUUCAAGCUUUAGGAACAAAUGACCUUAGCAGCAGCAGAUGAACCCAAGCCUUAAUAAUGCAACAGAAACAGCAAAACCUUUUACAGGUGAUGUGUGUCUAGAUAAUAUGCUUUCAGUGAAAGCAAGUGAGAAUAUGUUGAAAGUGACAAUUGUCAUAAUGUUUUCUAGUUUGUACAUUCAGAAACUUUUGUACUUUUGUUUUUAAAUUUAUUUUUGUAAGAAAAUAAAAUCAAAUGGAUGAACUUGUU